AUGAGUUCUAGAUCAAUGACAAUGACAAUGAAUGAUGAUAAUAUUAUUGACGAUGAUAAUAUUAUUGAUGAUAAUAUUAUUGACGAUGAUAAUGUUAUUAACGAUGAUAAUAUUAUUAAUGAUGACAAUAUUAUUAACGAUGAUAAUAUUAACGAUGAUAAUAUUAAUAAUGAUGAUAAUAUUAACGUUAAUAACGAUGAUAAUAUUGAUAAUGACAAUAAUAUUAAUAAUGACAAGCCACGAUCUAGCGUUAGCCCAG